AUGGAGCUUUCCAGGCUCGACACGCUGCUUGCUGAGCGGUCGCGCAAGCUGGCCGAGGCAGAGUCAGAGCUGAAGAGAAAGACGGCGCCCGAGGCUGCGCCGCCGCUACCGACGCUAGAGAGCAUCCAGCCGCACUCUGCUCAGUCGCAGAUCGAGCGCAUCGAGGCGCGGGCAAAGGAGAUGGACUCGAUCGUCAACUCAGUGACUGCAGUGGUUGCCUCGUAUGAGGCACUUGAUCGCGACUUGCUUCCAUCCACCACAGGCGACUUUGCGCAGGUUGGCGAGGCGGUGGCGUUUGCCACGCCGACCGAUCUCGAGGGUCUUGUGGCCCACUCCAAGGCCCGCGUCAAGUCGCUCUUCAUGGCCUACCACAAACUAUCAGCCGAGCAAACCAACACACUGGCCUCGCUCUCCACCUGGUUCUCCAUCCGCGGCAAGGACGACGUCGACGAUUUGGCCGAGGCCGAGGCCCUGGUCGCCACCACGGGCGCCGAGUUGGACUCGCGCCCGACGAGCGGCGUCGAUGUGCUCGACGAGUCGGCUUCGUCUCUGCUUGACGCCCGCGGCGCCAAGGACAAGCUCUCUGCCCUGCACUCGGACAUUCUCGAGGUCUGUGUCGACAUCCUCAAGGCCCGCCAGGCCGAGACCGCUGACAUGGUCCCGCGCUCGGCGCUUGACGACACGCUCAACGCUCUUCGCAUGGCCACCCGCUCUGCCAACAAGCUCAAGGCCGACUACGAGAGCGCGCAGGCCGAGCUAGCCGCCGCCCGUACCGACGCUGUCGUCUCGCGCGAGGCCGCCGAAGCCGCCAAGGCCUCGCUCGCACUGAUGUCGCGCGAUACCGACGUCGACCAGCUCCACUCGCGCCUCAAGGCUGCCCACCGCAAGAUCGAGUCGCUCUCUGCCGAGAACGACCGCCUCUCAUCGCAGCUCGAGGCGCUCGACGUCCUCCCGCAGGGCCCGGGCCUCCGCCGCGCCAACUCGUCCAAGUCCUCGCGCGCCUCGCUCCGGCCAGGCUCGGGCCGCGGCCGCCGGGGCAAGACCCGCGGGCUUGUCCGCUCGGGCUCGCGCUCGCUCCGCCGCUCACCCUCGUCCGAUGAUUCCGCCGAUACCACCGCCGCUAGCAAAGACGUGGCCGCCAUCAAGCAGCAGCUCAACUCGGUCGCCCGCGACGCACGCCACACUAAGCUCCAGCUCGAGGCCAAAGUUCGCACCCUCCGCGCAGACCUCUCCGCCAAGGAGAAGAUGUCGUCGCGCGCCCGCUCUCAGCUCCAGACCGAGCUCGAGACCAUGCGCGAGAAGAUGAUUGCCAAGCUCAAGUCCAAGCACGACAAAGAGGUCCAGAAGCUCACCAUCGACGCCGACCGCAAGGUCCGCGCCGCCCUCAAAGAGUCACAGCUCGCUCUCGAGAAACAGGCCGCCUCGCUCCGCAAGGCUUUUACCACAAAGGACAACGCCAAACUGCUCGCCGCUCUCAAGUCCGACUUUGACACCCGGUUUAACGCCAUGCGGCGCGGGCUCGAGAAGCAGCUCCGCGAGGAGCGCCUCGAACACCGCCAGAUCGUCCGCACCCUCAAGUUUGACUUCCGCAAGCGCCUCGAGACCGUCGAGUUUGUCCAUGAGGCUCAGUCCCGCGCCCUCAAGAUCGACUACCGUGAAGAGUACGCCCGCCGCUUUGAGGCCCUCCAUGCCAACAUGGAGCGUCGUAUCCACCACGAGACCGCCGCCGCGCUCGCCGCCAUGGAAGACCAGGCCGCCUCUCACGCUCAGGAGCUCGACAUUCUUCGCUUCCGGCUCGCCACCCUUGCUGCAGAAAAGGAAGAGAAGGACAAGGCCGCUGCAAGCUCGUCCGCAGACCUCGCCGAGGCGAUCCAAGUCCUCCAGCGCUCGCCGUCGACUGUCGACGACGCCUCGUUCCGCGGCAUCAUCACCGAUCUCCGCUCCCAGCUCAAGGCUGAGAUCGACAAGCGCACCGUGCUCACCGCCAAGCACGCCCGCGAGCUUCGCGACCUUCGUCUCAAGUACGAGUCGGACGUCGCGUCCAUGUCGCUCACCCGUGACGUCGAGCGCCGCGGUAUCGACUAUGGCCUUUCGUCCGAAGAAGCUCAGGUCUACUACGUCGACAUGAUCACCGCACGCCUCCGUGAGCUCGACGCCCUCGGCUGGUCGCUCGAGAAGGAGGUCCUCACCCGCGAGCUUGAGCGGGCGCGCAACCGCGUCGCCGCCGGCGAAAUCGACCGCGAUGCAACUGACCUUGCCCACCACGCCUCGGAGACCAAGCUGAACGAGCUCCGCAAUGCGCAAGCCUCUGAACUCGACGCCCUCACCGCCCAGCUCGAUGCCCUCACCGAGGACGACGAGGCAACACAGGUCGAAAACAAGCUCGCCAUCUAUGCCGAGCUUGAGCAGGUCAAGGCCCGCCAUGCUCAGGAAAUCGAAGCUCUGCAGGCACAGCUUGCCGCAAACUCAAACGCCGCGGACCCGUCGCCGGCAAACUCGGAGUCGGGCGACGAUGCAUCGGCCGAGCAGAGCGGCAACGCUGGUCCUGGUCAAGGACAGCCGGCCGUGCCGACCAUCUUGCUCGACGACUCGACCGUGCUCGAGCCGAACGCGCUGGCGUCGAUCCUCGGGCCUGGGCGCGAGCUCAUCAACUACGACGAUGUCCGUGCCAACGAUGCUGACGACGCCGGCGUCACAUCCGAUGCACCCGCUACAAAUCGCUCGAGUGAGGCUAGCGAGAGCCACGGUCUCCGCGCGCCUUCGGACCUGGAUCUCCCCCUCGUUUCGCCAGCCAUGACUCGCAUUGUCUCGCAAUCGGAGCUCAAGCCUUCCGGCGCUGGAAUGGAGUCGCCCGCAGCAACUGCCCGGCGCGAGGCCAUGCUCAAGGCCGAGGCCGAGCGGCGCGCCACUGUGAUCAAGGACCAGGUUGAGGCGAUGAAGCGCGAGCUCCAGCGGCACGCCUCGGUUCAGGAAGCGCAGGUUCACAACAAGAUUGUGCUCCUCCGCGAGGACUAUCGCGCGCGCUGCACCGCGCUCGGCAACGCCAUCAAGGAUGCCGACAAGUUCGAUCCCAGUCGCGCCGAGGAGCUGCGCCGGCAGAUGAAGGCCCUGACCUUGGCCCACAAGCGGAACAUCAACAUGCUCCGCGCCUCGGUCAACGAGCUCGACGCCAUCCACGCAGCCCGACUCGCCGAGUAUCACGACUCGCUCAUGGCCAAGGAGAAGAUCUACCAGACAAACCUUCGACUGCAGGAGCAGCUGCUCUCGUCGACCAUGGAGGAGAAGGAGCACCUGCUCUCGGUCCUCGACGAGUUCCGCAAUGCCAACGCGCUCGAAGUCCACCGAACUGCACUCGGCGCUGCACUCGAGGCGUCGCACGCCGCCGACAUGUCGGCGGCCGCGCUCCUCGCCGACGACGGCCUCAUGUCGACGGCCUCGGUUCAGGCUGUGCUCUCCGACCUGGACACCUCGGCCGCGACUUGUCUCGAUCUCCGCGGCAAGGCGCUUCCGCUGUGGGCGCGCCUCCGCGCCCUGGUCGACUCUGUGGUCACCGCGUCGAGCGUCUCGCUCUCGGACACUGCCGCCGAGCUCGAGCGUGCCGAAGACGAGCGAUCCGACGCAAUGCGCAAGGCUGUCGAGCUCGACACCGAGUUGGCCACCGUUCGCCGCCGGGUGCACGCCCUCGAGGACGACAUGGUCCACCAGCGCCAGCUGUGGAACAAGCAGCUCGAGUUGUGGCAGGCCUCGGUUCAGGAGAAGCAGAACUCUAUGUCGCACACGUACCAGGCUCUAGAGCAGGCCAAGGACCUGGAGAUAUCGGCGCUCAAGACCGAGCUUGCCUACUAUGUGGCUGAGCGCGCCGAGCUGGAGGCGGUCGCUCUUGAGGCUGGAGUCCGCUCCACCUCGCGCUCUCGCUCGGAGUCGCAGUCCCCAGCUGCUGCUCUCCCCGACGACCACGCUGUCGCAGACUCGACGACACGCUCGCCGACCGAGACAGGCCCGUCGCAGAGCGAACCCCCCAUUGCGUUUUCGGACACUGCGCCGACGACGUCAGGUGAGAGCAAAGUUUCGCAGCCGCAGAAUCUUGCUCCUCCGGCCCACUCGCUCGCCCACCAUCGGACGCCCGAAGAGCGCGAGCGCGACUCACAGGCUCUCGCCGACAUUGCGGCCCAAGUCGAAGCCGCCAAGGCGCAAGUCGACGCGGCGUCGUCCGAGCUGGAGGCGGCGACGGCGCUGCCGUCGUCGUUCACGCCGCAGCCAGUCAAUGACGAGAGCAGCGAACCGGAGCCGAGCCGGUCGGUGCUACAAGCGCCCCUCCCGCUCCAGGCGCGUGUGCCACAAGUCGACGCGGGCGUACAGACCGAUCCGAUGGAUCCGGCGCAGCUGGCGUCGGCCAUGUCGCACGAGCUGGCAGCCGAGCUCGCAGAAAUCGACGACGGGCUGGACGAGGUCAGGUCACAGAGCUCGUCGGCGGCGGGUGCCGCAACCCGCAUCGGGCUUCUGGAAGACCAAGUGCGGUCGUUCUCACUGCGGCUGCGGUCAGUUAUCGUGGAGAGCGACAAGGCGCGGAGCGUGCAUGCGCGUGAGCUGCGCAAUCUUCACAGUGAGCUGGAGAAGGAACGCAGCAAGUAUCUAGUGCGGCUCCGCGAGGUGGAGGGCAAGCAUGGAGACGAAGUGCGGCGGCUACGCAAGCGCGGUGACGAGCUGCGCAAGGCAGCCGACGAGGAGCUGAACCUUGUGCGGGUCGAGGCAAGCCACAAGCUCGAGGCCGCGCGCGAUGUGUACGAGCGACGCAUCAAGCAGCUGCUGGGAGUGAUUGCCGCCAAGAGCAACGCAAAUGAGCACACGCUCGACUCGGUCAAGCAGACGACGGCUACUGAGAUCAGCGAGCUCCGGGCCGCGGUUGAGUCUGCACAAAUGUCGACGGAGCAGCGACUGGUGUUUGAGCAGCGGCGGUUUGAGCAAGAGCUCCAGGCCCUGGGCUCGCAGUUCCGCGCCGAAGCGCUCAAGGUGCAUGCAGCAGUGUGCCAUGUGGCGUCAGAUGUGGCAGACGGCCUGAUGCGGAUCGACGGUGCGAGCGGCCUCGCGCUGCACGAGACGGUGGCGGCAGCGAACGAGACGGCGCUGGCCAAGACCGAGGUUGACGACACGCCCGUGCUUCUCAGCGCCGAUGUUGCGGUCCUCACGGCGCUCUGCGACGCGGUGCUGCGGGUGGUGUCCGAAAAGGCGCACAGCGCGCGAGUCGACAUUGCGGCGCACAAGGCCAAGACUCCGUGGCAGAGCCAGCCAGCUCCGAGCGCGGCCGCGAGCUCGACCCACGAGGAAGAGCUCGAGGCGCGGGUGGCUGAGCUGGAGCUGGCGCUCAAGGCGCAGGCCGUGCAGCUGGCGCGGGCCAAGGCGCGCGCAAAUGAUGCGUCGGUCGAGGCGUCGGACGCCGAGCUGAGCAAGUAUGAGGCGUCGACGCCGCGCGAGUCGCCGCACGAGCUUAUCGGGCACCUGCGGAUGGAAGUGCGGGCGACACGGACGGCGCUGGCGCGCAAGGCGGUGGCGGUCCGUGAGCGCGAGUCGGUCAUUGACAUGCAGGCGGACCAUAUUGACGCGCUGCAGACGACAAUUGAGCGGCUGCGGUCGCGGCUGGCGUUCUUCCAGCGGCACCCAAACGAGUUUCUGCAGAUUACGGCUGCGCCUGGUGGCGCGUCGCGCCCAAGCACUUCGGGCUCGGGCGGAAGCUCGAGAGGCUCCUUCGUCCGCCCACGGCCGCCGGCCUUUCCGCCACCGGGCGGCAUCGCACGGCCAAACCCGCUGCGGCGGGUGGCAUCGGCCGUCGUGAUGUCGCGGAGGGUGGCGAGCGCAAGUCGCGAGAUGGACGCCUCGGAAGCAGAGGCUGCUGGCCCAGUUGCGGUCGCGCUGCAGCUGCAGCGCGGCAGGAUAGGCAGCGCGGCGCGAGCACCGCUGCCACCGGUGGGACAGACAGACGCAGUGGGGCGGCGGAGACUGUCGUCGCCGUUCCUCGCCGACGAACCAGCGGCGCUGCGGCGGCUCAUGGCCGACGUGUCCAAGUCGAGUCUCGCCGAAGUGCCGUCCCCGGGCGGAGUGCCGGGCGGGUCGGGUGGUCCGGUCUCACCUGGGCGACGCGAGCGAGCGCCUGUGGACGUGGACGAGCUCAAGGCGGCGCUGCACUCGACGCAGGAGCAGCUGGCAGAUGCGCUGGCAGCGCUUCACAGUCAACCAGCGCCGGGAGGCGGUAUCGGGGGCGAUCAGGCCAGUGAAACGGUGGCGUACUCCAAGGCGCUCAUCGCAACGUCGAAGCGGCUUCGCGAAGAAAAGAUUGCGGCGUCGCUGGAGGAGAUGUCUGCCAAGUCUGCGGCGUCAGUGCUGGAGCAAAAGGUCCGGCAGCGGGCGGCGCAGCUGAGCGAGGCCAAGCUGAGUGCCGCCAACGACGCGGCGACGCUCGCACUCAUCCGGAUGCACAAGCGGGCGGUCGAGCAGGCGCGGCAGUUUGAAGUCAAGAAGGCGCAGAUUCUCGCUGACCAACGACGCAAUCUGGAAAAGGUGCUGGUAACGUUCGGCGAGUGGAUCGCCACGUCGCCGUCUCGAACGGUCCCGGACACCGGGCUCUUCCUCGAGGGCCACAGCCUCGAGCCGAGGCGGAUGCGGGCCGGAACACUGGCUGCUGCCGCCCCGGCCGCCACCGCCCCGGCCGCCCUUGCCGCAGCCGCAGCCGCAGCCGACCAAUCUACCCAGCCGCAUGCACCUCAAACCUGGCUCCCAUGGUUUACCACCGAUGCCGAUGCUGAUGCCGAUGCCGACGCCAUUGCCGUCGCCGCCAUGUCAUGA